CCGUCAAACUGCACGCCCCGCGCUUCGCUCCUCUACUUGUUUACCUACCCUUUCAAAUCAGUCUCUUCGUUCUCUGUUUCCGGCAUCUUGUGCUAACACUCGUACCGCAUUUUAUUCUGCUCCUACGCGAAAAGUGGUGAUCCCAGAAUCCCGCUGUUUUAAACCAAAAAAGAGGAAAGUUAGCACAUAAUUUGAAAAAAUGCCAGAAUUGACGGAAAUCUCGGAAAGCACCGCCGCAGCUGCUGCUGCCUCCGCGGCCCCGAGCACUUCCGCCGUGGAAGAGGCCAAGCUGGAGGAUGCCCCCAGCGAUACGGAAUCCGAAGACACAAUCCCAGAGCUGGAGGAUGCAGGAACUGCUGCCGCUCAGCUAUCGACCGGUGGUCUGCAGGAUCUGGUCUCGAAAGCCAAACAGUCCCGUGGUGAGAAGAAGGCCCGCAAAAUCAUGUCCAAGCUCGGCCUGAAGCCGGUGCAGGGCGUCAACCGGGUGACGAUUCGUAAAUCAAAGAACAUUCUGUUCGUGAUAAACAACCCGGACGUCUACAAGAACCCCCAUAGUGACACCUACAUCAUCUUCGGCGAGGCAAAGAUUGAGGACUUGUCCCAGCAGGCCCAGGUGGCCGCUGCCGAGAAGUUCAAGGCUCCGGAAGCCGCCCCGGCCGGUGGAGAAUCCUCUGGCACGACCACCUCUGUUGCCCCGAUUGCCGAAGAAGACGAAGAAGAAGUGGACGACACCGGACUUAUGGAGAAGGAUAUCGAGCUGGUCAUGCAGAACGCCAACGUACCCCGCGCCAAGGCCAUACGAGCGCUCAAAGAGAGUAACUUUGACGUGGUCAACGCGAUUAUGGAGUUGACGAUGUAAAAUGGCAUUUCAGUGUCAACCUGCCUCUUCGGAAUCCCCGCCUCUUUCAAUCAACAACCAACAGCAACAAUUUCUGCUUGUUUCUACUAGUAAUUAACGGCGAAAAACAGUUCACAACAACACAUUAUAUUCAGUUACAGGUCCGCGCUCUGUGGAAAUGCCGUUUCUUCUCGGACAAACCAUACCGUAUAUUAGUAAUUGGAUAUAGAAAGCAGUUCGUUCUAUGUGUACAUCGACUCUUGCUGCCGACUUUGGAUCGGCAACUUGUUUGGGAUAUAACUAUCUACCUACCUACUUGGAACCGAUAAACAACUAUCUGAUACAAUUAUUACUGCAACAUACACAAGCCACACAUACUACAAAUACUAAGUCUAAAUCAUAAAAAAUCACGCUAGUUAAAAAACUUCGAAAAAAUAAUUAAAAAAACACCAAAAAUUGGAAAAGAA